CCUUUUGUUCUCAAUCAGGAUCUGAGUCCUAAUCUGUGCCUUCGCAUCCACACAUCCUACCUACCUCAUGUUCCCUGGAAACAGUCUUUGGGACAAGUUGAAAAGAGUCAUGAAGGAGAGGAGAUUGAUUUUGCUCAGGGUCCCUUGUUACCUUAGUUAUAACUAUUAUCUUAUGUGGCUCAAUGGCGCGAUUCAAACUAAGAACAGACAAUAGAGGGGAGUGGGGAGGGACCUGAAGUGUUCGGUGGUGGUGGUUUUGCUAGAUGUCAGGAUGGAGGGAGGAGAAAGGAGAUUCCAGGGAGAGAGUAUCUGAAAGCAGGCUGAGGCCAUAGGGGCUUUUCACAAUGUUAAUUGUAGGCCAGCAUGAAUGCUACUUUUGACACUUGUGAGUUCCUUUGGGAUUCCUGGGGACUAACAAGGUGCUCGGGGUAAUCCUGAGACUGCUAGAAAGCUGGGAAAGGAUCUUUGAUUUUUUUUUAUCUCAGGCAAGAAUGUAGGCCUGGGCAAAAAAGGCCAGGCCCACUUAUAGCAGGUUCUGGGAUGCAGUGAAGCUUCUCUCUGUCCUAGGCCUCCCAUUCCGCACCCACAGACUUCUUUUUUGCCACUUCUGAAAUCUCAGGACCUGCUCUCUCUAGUUAUCUUUCCUCUCUUCCACCAUUCUGAUUCUCCCUUCAAGGAGUUUUAUGUCUUUGAAUUUGCAUAGAGGCUAAAAGUCUGAUAUCCUAAGGGUUGUCCCAUAGCCUCCUACAAAGAAAUUCCAGAUGCAUGUUCAAGAUCCCAUACUUAUCCCCCAUUCUCAUUUUAACACCCCUCCCUUCCCAUCAUGCCAGGCAAAAUUCUAUUUAGUGGCUCAGGCUUAUUUUUAGCCAAGCAGACCUCACAGUCCAGAGGGGGUGGGGUGAGGGGAAGGGGAGGCAGGUGCCCAUGUCUGUCACACCAGGAGUUGUGGAACAGGGAAAGGAGGGAGGGGGACAGGUUCUAAAAACAGCUCAGUGAGCUCAUCCAGCUGCCAGCUCUGGGGACAAGACAAAGGGGCUUUAAAAGGCCUUGGGGGUGGCUCAAGCUGGUCCUGCUCCAGCCAACACUGCCUUUCUCGGCAUGGAGGCCAUCGAGCCCAUCCUCCAAGAGCCCCUCAGCCAAGCCAGCUGUGACAAAGCCCCAGCUCCUGAGCUCCAAGACCCAUUCUAUGCAGAACUGCAACGUGCAGAAAGCCUCCAGGAGAAGAGUGUGAAGGAGGCCAAAACCAAAUGCCGGACCAUUGCAUCCCUGCUAACAGCGGCCCCCAACCCCCACUCUAAGGGGGUGCUUAUGUUUAAGAAACGGCGGCAGAGAGCCAAGAAGUACACUCUAGUGAGUUUCGGGGCUGCAGCUGGAACAGGAACAGAGGAGGAGGACGGCAUCCCCCCAACGAGUGAGUCGGAGCUGGACGAAGAGGCUUUCUCGGACGCCCGCAGCCUUACCAAUCAGUCUGACUGGGACAGCCCUUAUCUGGACAUGGAGCUGGCCAGGGCUGGCUCAGGAACAACAGAGAGUCAGAGCUCCGGGUUGGGAGGGCAGUUGAGCGAGGUCUCUGGGCGAGGGGUUCAGCUCUUUGAACAGCAGCGCCAGCGGGCAGCCUCCAGUAGCCAGGAGCUGGCUCAGGUGGGCCCAGCAGCCAUGCUAAAUGGGCAGGGGCUGCAGUCCCCACCUCGAGCUCAAAGUGCUCCCCCAGAGGCAGCGGUGCUCCCACUCAGCCCUUUGCCGGCCCCUGCAGCCAGCCCUAGCCCCUUCUUCCCGGAUGGUGGAGCCCCCAGCCCAGCGCCAAGUAUCUUCAACAGGUCAGCGAGGCCUUUCACCCCAGGUUUACAAGGACAAAGGUCAGGUACCACUUCAGUGAUUUUCCGGCCCUUAGCCCCUAAGAAGGUAAAUGAAGGCCUGAGAGCCACCAGCCCCGCCCCGUCCCCCUUCGCAGCCCCUCUGCAGGGACCCACCCCUCUGCCCAGCUUCACCACGCCGGGCCACACGCCAGUCUCCGGAGCUCCCAGCAGCCCACGCUCCUCCGGUCCUGUAACCGCUACCAGCUCCCUGUACAUCCCAGCCCCGAGCCGGCCCGUCACACCAGGAGGCGCCCCAGAGUCUCCCGCUCCUCCUGGCGCGGCUGCCAUGACCUCCACCGCUUCCAUCUUCUUGUCGGCGCCCCUGAGAAGCUCUGUGCGCCCGGAGGCGCCCGGCCCCGCGGCCCCCGAAUCGGCCAGCGCUCGGGAGCAGCGCAUCUCUGUACCAGCUGCCCGCACUGGCAUCCUGCAGGAGGCCCGGCGCCGGGGCACUCGGAAGCAGAUGUUCCGCCCUGGAAAGGAAGAGACGAAGAACUCGCCCAACCCCGAGCUCCUAUCGCUGGUGCAGAACCUGGAUGAAAAACCUCGGGCGGGUGGUGCGGAAUCCGGUCCGGAGGAGGACGCUUUAAGCCUUGGAGCUGAAGCCUGUAACUUCAUGCAGCCACUAGGGGGCAGGAGUUACAAGACCUUGUCUCAAGUGACACCGAAAACCCCUCCUCCAAUGGCUCCCAAAACCCCACCCCCAACAACUCCUAAGACUCCACCCCCUGUGGCUCCUAAGCCCUCAGCUCGAGGGCUCCUUGAUGGGCUAGUGAAUGGGUCGACCGCUAUGGCUGGAAUCCCUGAGCUCCCAAGGCUGCAGGGGAGGGGUGGGGAGCUAUUUGCAAAGCGGCAGAGCCGUGCCGACAGGUACGUGGUGGAAGCUACACCUGGCGCUAGCCUUAAUCCUGGCCUUCGCCCUAGAAGUCCUUCUCCCACACCCUCAUUGCCCCCAUCGUGGAAAUACUCACCCAACAUCCGUGCCCCACCCCCUAUUGCUUACAACCCACUCCUCUCACCUUUUUUCCCUCAAGCUGCCCGAACUCUCCCCAAUAAGGCCCAAUCUCAGGGACCUCGGGCGACCCCCAAGCAGGGCAUCAAGGCCCUGGAUUUCAUGCGACAUCAGCCGUACCAGCUUAAAACCGCCAUGUUCUGUUUUGACGAGGUUCCUUCCACUCCUGGCCCCACGUCAGGGCCUCCCAAAACUGCCCGAGUCCAGGAGAUCCGCAGGUUUUCCACUCCAGCACCCCAGCCCACUGCAGAACCCUUGGCUCCCACUGUGCUUGCCCCCAGAGCGGCUACCACAUUGGACGAACCAAUUUGGAGGGCGGAGCUGGCCUCACCCCCUGUCCCUAACCUAGACCAUCCUCAGGAGUCUUCCAGGAGCUUUGCUGCCACCCCCAGCUCCUGUGGUUUCCAAGUAGCCAGGCCCCGGUUUUCAGCCACCAGAACAGGGUUGCAGGCUCACGUGUGGAGGCCUGGGGCAGGGCACCAGUGAACAUAGGUCCCAGGACCAAGUAAUGGAACUUAGAGUCCCAGAAGUUUCUUCUGCUUUGUCCUACCGGCUUUUUCUCCCCGCGCUGCCUCUUGCCAGAGAUAGUGUUCCCCUUCAGUUUCCUCAGCCCCCUGCUGCUGCUUUUUAACCUGUUAUCUCUGUUUUGGUAUCUUCUCUGUAUUUCUCUGCCUGGACCUCUGGCUUCUCCACUCAGAGGUCUCAGGAGUUCUUUUUUUUUUUUUUUUUUUUUUUUUUUUUUU